GCAAGUCUGGCUACGCUGUUAGCUGCUUUGCCAGCUUCAGUUUUCUUUGGCGUUUGCCUUGUGCAUUAUAAGGAUCCAAUAAUUUGUGGAUACCGACUCGAAGUCAAUUUAGUGAAAACGCAUAUUACUUCGUGUAUUUGCUCUAAAUGUCGACGGUAACGGCGAGCUCCAAAGAAGACGUAACAAUGGUGCAGACUCCCCAGAAGACAAAAGAUGGGCACGGGCAAGAGCCAAAUGGCAAAGCAGAAGAGGGGGAUGAAAGCAUCACACCAGGAACUAAGCGCAAAUCUGGGAGCUCGCAGGGCAGUGCCCGCAAAAAGCAGAAAAAGAACAGCAUUUCACCUAAAAUGGUGCAGCCAAAAAAUGCGCUCAUGCAGCUGAACGAGCUCAAACCAGGCCUGAAGUACUCUGUAGACUCCCAAGAAGGGCCAGCUCACCAGCCCAGCUUUGUUGUCUCUGUUGAGGUUGACGGCCAGCGAUUCACGGGCCGUGGUCAGUCCAAGCAGUUGGCAAAGCACGCAGCAGCACAGGCUGCUUUGAAGUCUUUUGUGCAGUUCCGUAAUGUGCCCGAAGCUUACUGGGCCAUGAGCCGCUCAAUGGUCCAUUCUGGGGACUUCACCAGUGAUGACGUAGAACAAGACGAAAGCAGUGGCAUCUUCAGUGGAUUCACUGCUGAAAACCCCAUUGAAGAAUUUCACCGAGACCAGCUGAAGCGUUUCUCGGGUGGCAAGGACGGAGAUGCAGAGAAGAAGGCUACAAAAGCUGCCGAAGAGGCAGACAAGAAAAACCCAGUGAUGCUGCUCAAUGAGCUGCAGCCAGGCCUAGAGUACACGCUCGUGUCAGAGAAUGCGGCAGUGCCCACACAACGCUUUACCAUGGCAGUUACGACAACCAACGGCGAUGUUUACGAAGGAUGCGGGUCCAACAAGAGGCUGGCCAAGGCAGCGGCAGCACGUGCAGCACUGCUCAAGUUGUACAACAUCAUGGCCCAUCCCUCCGGAGCACUCAAGCGCGACGAAAAAGGUCCAAUUGUAGACACCCUGCCCCAGGCUCUGGCUGAUCGACUGGGCAACACAGUCAAUGAGACAUUGCAGAAGGUGAUGGCUGACCGGGCAGAGAGCGCCAAAUGGAAAGUGCUGGCAGGCAUCAUCAUGACCAUGCCGGCAUCUGAGAAAGACAAGGAGGAUGAUGUAAAGGUCUUGACAGUGGCCACGGGCACAAAGUGCAUCAACGGGGAAUACAUCAGCAUGAAUGGGGCGGUGCUGCAAGACUGCCACGCCGAGGUUGUGUCCCGGCGUUGUUUCAAGGACUUCCUGUAUGGGCAGCUUGAGCUCUGGAAGAAUGGCAAAGAAGAAGAAUCCAUCCUUGAGCAGAGGCCAGACAAGCAAGGGUUCCGUGUGAAGCCAGACAUCAAGUUUCAUUUGUACAUAAGUACGUCGCCUUGUGGAGAUGGUCGCAUUUUUUCCCCUCAUGAGCUGAUGGCCGACUCUGCAUCCCUGAAUGCUGACAAACACCCAAACCGUCGAGUGCGAGGGCUGCUGAGAACGAAGAUUGAAGCUGGGGAAGGGACCAUCCCACUGAGGCUGGGCCCCGUGCUGCAGACAUGGGAUGGAGUGCUGCACGGGCAGCAGCGGCUGCUGACCAUGUCGUGCUCUGACAAGCUGGCCCGCUGGAACGUGCUGGGCCUGCAGGGUUCGCUCCUCUCGCUCUUCAUCGAACCCGUCUACCUGGAGAGCGUGGUGCUGGGCUCCCUAUACCACCCAUGGCACAUGCAGCGUGCCAUGUGGGGCCGCCUAGAGGGCACCCUGCACCUAGAGGCUGAGAGCCCCUUUCAGCUGCACCGGCCUAGGCUUGGCGCCAUCUCCAGUCCCGAGUCCCGACAGGGCAAUAUUGCUCGUUACAGGGUAAACAAGUCUCCAAACUUCAGCAUCAACUGGACGGCUGGUUGUGAGGGCCCUGAAGUGGUCAAUGCGAGCACAGGCAAGACGGAGGAAGGCCAGGUGUCUCGCCUGUCCAAGCGCUCACUGUUUGACCGCUUUUGUCAUCUGUGGGGCCAAGUGCCCUCCAUCGAACAUCAGGACCCCAGCCAGAAGCCCCGGCUCUAUGCAGAAGCCAAGAAGUCUGCUGGCUUGUACCAGGAGGCGAAGACGCGCGUCACCGAUGCCUUCAGCGCCGGAGGCCUCGGCACCUGGGUCUCCAAGCCCAUUGAGGCCGACGAGUUUGAGCUCGACUUUUAAGCAACGAGGAGGAGUGGCCCAUCAAGCAGGUGCCUCGCUGCACAUGAAAACGCUGGGCGUUUUUCUUUUUUUUUUUUUGCUCCACCCUUUUCUGUUACAGUGGCCAUUUUGUCACCUUUUGUUUAUUAUUUUGGACUCAUCAUACACUUGCUUCCUCUGCUUUGGUUUUAUCAUAGAAGUUUUUUUGUGCAGUUGUUUUCCCCUGGUCUGUCUCUUUCUAGCAUACUUCUACCAUUAUUUUUCCCCUACCAUUCUUUUUUGAGGUCAUCUCAAUCGUUCAGUUAUAUUUUUCUUGCAGGACAGUUCUGUAAGCAUCUUAUAGGUUUGACAGUUCACCUUACGGCUAGAGGCCUUCACAGCUAGUAUAAUUUACUCGCAGACAAGGCUAGUGCAUCAGUGGCAAGGGCUUCACAAGGUGGGCCCAUGCCAGCUGCCACACCUUUGGUGCAAGGAGCCAUUGACAAAGUUAUUUCUUACUAGGUACAACCUUGCAACAUUGAAUUACCAUGCACUACUUUUUUUUUUUCUUUUGUUGCUGUUCAAUUGCAUACUUCCAUUUCCCUUUUUCUUUUCUUGCCUGUGACUUUUCAGGCAACACAUGUCACAUUCUCACCACUGUUCUCGUGUUUUAUGUGGGUUUGUAAGGCUGCCUCAUCCAUCAUCAUUGUCGCCUUACAAAGUCCAACUACUUUCUUGGUCAUACAUACUGCAUUUGGUGUUUUGAAACCGUGUUACAGUAGUUUCGAUUUGUCAUUGAACAUAACUCUCAAUAAGUGGUUGGGGUCAGUCACCUCUUGUAGAAACCUAGAUGCCAGGAAAAUCUAAGUCUUCAAAAGACUGCUUUCUCACGCACAUCCUUGGCUAAGAUCUGCAUUGCACUUAAUGUGCAAGCUUGGUGCGACUGGCUUCCUUGUCGGAAAUCUCUUGCCUCCCUGUGCAUGAGAUUGAGCUGCGAAAAUUCACAUACUUGCGCGCAGAACCCUUGCAAAUGGAGUUUUAGGUUUUAGGUAUGAAGGGUGCAGCGUUGUGAAGUUUAUUUCUCUGUGUCUGUUUUUAUUUUAUGCAGCCAUCAAUAAUGACAUUGUAAACUUCUGCACCUUCACAAAUUGUCACACAAUGCUACAACCUGGGGAAGUUUUUCUUUUUUUCCCAUUUUCUUUCAUUUUUCCAGCACUGAUUAAAUCAUUCCAUUCACUACUGCAAGAAAAAGAAGCGGGGUAGGGAGAAACAGUUGAGAGACGCUUAUGCUGCGCUUUGUUACGAACUUUAGCCAGGCUUAACACACAUGAUCAAAAAUGUGUGGGCCAGUGGUUCUGCCAAAAAGAAAAAAUGAAUUUCUUGGCAACUCAGCCAGACGACCUGAAUCUGACGAACUUACUGCAGUGUUCUCAAUGCUAAGUCAGAACUGCGGCCUUCACUUUCAGGUUACAUGCCAAGACAUUGAGGGAGUUGGGUCUUUUCGCGUACCCCUGGGGUGCAUACUUUUGAACACAGGUGUGCGCUUGGAACGGCAGCACUGGUUCCUGCAUGUUCCAACACUUGUCCUCAGCCUAAAUGACUUGCAAACGGUUUUGCAUCAUGCAAAUGUUCUCGUCAAAGGGGAAAAGAAAAAAAGAGCCAAAAGGGCUUUCAUAGAGAUUGUGUCACUGCCAAUGGCUCUCUACAUCAGCUCCCAAGUAAGCAUAAUUAACAGCACUAAGUAGUUAGUUGGACAGGGUGUCGAAGAGGUCACUGCCACUCUUGUCCACUUUCUAUUGGUUUUUUUAACUAGCAGAAUAAACACAUCAGGCCAAAUAGUUUGUUUAUAAAAGGUUUCCUGUUGCCAUCUAUAGCAUGUAUUGUAUAUUCUGCAUAUUUAAAGUAUGUUUCUUUCUUCUCUGCAGGUCAGCAAGGCUCUGUAAUGCGUUAGUGUAAAACAAAUAUUAUUGGUAUUAACUGCUGGUGUCUUACUGAUUCUUCUGAUAUGUUUUUGUAUCACACGGUCACUUAUCACUUGGUCUAAUGUUCCCAGAAGCUUCUUGUUUCUGUAUUUCUAGUAUGUGAAGUGCUAAAGCAUGUUCGUUCAAGUUUCAUUUAAGUGUGUUUGUCUGCUGCUUAUAUAUAUCCUAAUAUUGGCACAGACUGUGUCUUCUGAAAGCUGAACCUUCAUGUCUUGGUUAUAAAGGCUGCUUCCUUCUAUUUUACAUACAUUCAUAGAGCAACUCUAUUGCAUCUAAAACACCUUAAUUGAAAGAGGGGUGUGCCCCUAACACAUUUCUUUUCUAAAGUGUUUGCAAGGCUGCAGUACAAUGAUGCUUGUCUCUGAUGCUUAUAGCCAUGGUCUUCACAUUUGUAGCCUCUAAUUUAAAAAAAAAAAAACUUACACAUGUAAGGUAGCGUAGACCUCUCUCAUUCAGCAUUCUUCCUUCAUUGUUAUGAACAGCUGGGGAAAAAACAUCAUUCUUUCUUUGGCAAGAUGUUAUUUUUGUUAUUUUACUAUAGUCGCUUGUUUUUGCACUGUCAUAACCUGUCUUGUUAGAGGUAUCUCCGCCAUUGAGACUCGUUUACAUUAUGCACAUACAUUUUCCCCCCUUUGUGGUCAUCUGCACAACACAGUGUGUAUAGAAAGCAGCACACUGUUGGCUUUGUAGUGUUUGUAUUGGGCACAGAUUGGAGUAUACCUGUUGUUUUCGAGUGCAUGUUUUUUGUCCAGUCAUUGCGACGAUGAAGUCGCUUGACCUUUGACUUUUGUGUACAUAAGAAUGGGCUCAACAUGCUUUCUUUUUUUUUCCCCCGAGUUCUUCCUGCAUACGACUGUGUACAUAUGUACUGCUAAAAGGGUGUGUAAAAUUUCAUCAUAGUGUGCUUGCCUGCGUUAUUAAAAUUGGUUGCGUGGGUUACAUGACUGACAGGCAAUUUUAUAACUUUGAGGAAACACAUAAUCAAAGCAGUAAACUUCCCAAACUUGUGUAUCGACUCAAAAAAAAGCUGUGAACUGUGGCACUGGUGCCAUGCGUGCACACAGUAAUUUUCUGGUCUUAUUCUGAAGAUAUUGGGAAUGCUUGGCUGUACUCAUGCUGUAAAAUUCACUUUAUCACAUUAGAACCAACGAUAAAGUUUCUUCAAGUCAUCUAA